AUGGUGCUGGACGAAUUGUGGACCGAGCUCCCUGGCGCCUCCGUGGCUGCCCUGGCCUGCUGCUUCGUUGCAGCGGCCGUGGCCCUGCGCUGGUCAAGUCGUCGGCCGGCGCGGGACGCGGGGGCCAGGGCACGACGCAAACAGCGGGCGGCUCUGGAGACCAUGGAUAAGUCGGCGCAGCGCUUCCGCCUCCAGAACCCCGACCUGGACUCAGAGGCACUGCUGGCCCUGCCCCUGACUCAGCUGGUGCAGAAGUUACACCGAGGGGAGCUGUCCCCGGAGGCUGCACUCUUCACCUACGUAGGAAAGGCCUGGGAAGUAAACAAAGAGACCAACUGUGUGACCACCUACCUGGCAGACUGUGAGACUCAGCUGUCCCAGGCCCCAAAGCGGGGCCUGCUCUAUGGAGUCCCUGUGAGCCUCAAGGAGUGCUUCAGCUACAAGGGCCAGGACUCAACACUGGGCUUGAGCCUGAACGAGAGCAUGCCUGCAGAGUGUGACAGUGUGGUGGUGCAGGUGCUGAAGCUACAGGGCGCUGUGCCCUUCGUGCACACCAACAUCCCUCAGUCCAUGUUCAGCUAUGACUGCAGUAAUCCCCUCUUUGGCCAGACCUUGAACCCACUGAAGUCCUCUAAGAGCCCAGGUGGCUCCUCUGGGGGUGAAGGGGCCCUCAUUGCAGGUGGAGGCUCCCCCCUGGGCUUAGGUACUGACAUCGGAGGCAGUAUCCGCUUUCCCUCCUCCUUCUGUGGCAUCUGUGGCCUCAAGCCCACGGGAAACCGCAUCAGCAAGAGUGGCCUGAAGGGCUGUGUCUAUGGACAGGUAGCAGUGCCAAUGUCAGUCGGCCCCAUGGCCCGGGAUGUGGAAAGCCUGGCACUGUGCCUGCGAGCGCUACUGUGUGAGGACAUGUUCCGCUUGGAUGCUGCCGUGCCCCCCCUGCCCUUCAAGGAGGAGGUCUACACAAGCUCUCAGCCCCUGCGUGUGGGGUAUUAUGAGACCGACAACUAUACCACACCAACCCCGGCCAUGAAGCGGGCCCUGCUGGAGACGAAGCAGAGCCUGGAGGCUGCUGGCCACACGCUGAUCCCCUUCCUGCCAAGCAAUAUACCCCAUGCUCUGGAGAUCCUCUCAACAGGUGGGCUGUUCAGUGAUGGUGGCCACAGCUUCCUACAGAACUUUGAAGGAACUGGACCCUUUGGCUCCUGGUAAAAGGUGAUUGUGGACCCCUGCUUGGGAGCCACAGUUCUGAAGAUACCCAGGUGUUUGAAAGGACUGCUGGCUUUCUCCCAAGUAAGCAAAUUCCCAAGGAUGGCAGCCUUUCUUGGCAGUAUGAAGUCCCGGUCGGCUGGAAAGCUCUGGGAACUGCAGUACGAGAUUGAGGUGUACCGCAACUCUGUGAUUGCCCAGUGGAGAGCACUGGACCUGGAUGUGUUGCUCACCCCCAUGCUGGGCCCUGCUCUGAACCUGAAUGCUCCCGGCAGGGCCACAGCGGCUGUCAGCUACACUCUGCUCUACAACUGCCUGGACUUCCCAGCGGGGGUGGUGCCUGUCACCACAGUGACCGCUGAGGACGAGGCUCAGAUGGAACAUUACAGGGGCUACUUUGGAGAUAUCUGGGACAAGGCGCUACAGAAGGCCGUGAAGAAGAGCGUGGGGCUGCCCGUGGCCGUGCAGUGUGUGGCUCUGCCCUGGCAAGAAGAGUUGUGUCUGCGGUUCAUGCGGGAGGUGGAGCGACUGAUGACCCCUGAAAAGCAGCCAUCCUGA